AUGGACAUACUGUUCCUGCGCGAGCCUGAGGCCAGCGGUGGUGCCGCCGAGGGCCUGGGCAGCGAGUCCAGACUGCUGCAGGAGCUGCAGGACACGCUGGGGCAGCUCAAGCAGGCCCUGCACGCCGCGCUGCUGGGUUCGCGCAGCAACAGCAAGGAGGCAAGGCAGUGGCUGAUCAACAGCAUCGCGGGCCUGGGCAUCCAGCACGCGGCCACCAAGCGGCGGCGCUUCACGCAGUUCCUGCCGGGCGGCGCCGCCUGCCGCGGCGCAGAGCACCAAGCGCUGGGCCUGGCUGCGCUGCAGUUGCUCUUUGAGGCGGCCCCCGCAGAGGUGGGCGCGCUGGUGGCCCAGGACGCCUCCCUGCUGCGUCGCUUCUUCAAAUCAGACCCCAAGCGGGGGCCCCUGUGGUUUGGCCACUUCAGCAUGGAGGGCAUGCGGCGGUUCAAGUAUGGAGCGGCGGCACUGGCCAAGUACGCCCUGACCAACCGGGCAGAGGUGUGGCACCUGCUGGCGUGGCAGGGGCGGCACCCGCAGGCGCCGGUGGCGGUGGCACAGCGCACCCACUACUUUUCGGAGCUGGAUGUGCCCCGCACGCUGCGUCACCUGAUCAGGGAGUGCCCCGACUUUUGGGGCAGCCGCGAGAUGCGGAGCAGCGUGGAGACCGGCGCCGCGCAGCUGCUGGCACUGGAUCCUGUCUUUUGGAGCCGGGAGCUGCUGAGGUGGCUGGAGGACAGGCACAGCGCCAGCGGCAGCCGCCUCUACACCGAGCUGUGCCGCUGCCUGGAGGCGGGGCCCUGGCGGCUGCACUGCCAGCGCCUGCUGCAGCUGCUGCCGCAGCACGACUUGCUCCCAUUUGCGACCGGCCUGCUAGAUAGCAGCAGGCUGCCCGGUGACGGGGGCUGGAGCGGAGGGCAGCGCAGCGGGCAGGCGGCGGGCUCAGAUGCGGCGGCGCCAGGCCAGCCCAGCGCCUGGCUGGUGUUCCGCAGGGUGCAGUGGCAGUCUCUGGACCAAUUGAUGCUGGCGGCGGCGAUGGGCUGCUGCCUGCCGCUGCUGCUGCGCCUGCUGCGGGAUGAGGAGAUGGCAGAUGAGGAGCAGCAGGUGGAUCGCCUGGUGCGGCAGCUGCUGCAGCUGGGGCGCCCGCCCGAGCAGCAGGCGGCGGUCGUGGCCGAGCACUGGCAGCUGCGGCGGCGCCUGCGGCGGCAGCGCUCAGCGGCGGUCGAGGCAGAGCUUCAGGAGCUGCUGCUGCUGCACCUCUUUGCCGCCGCCUUUCUUGUCCAGCAUCUGAGCCGCGGGAACAGGAGCGAGGCGGAGCAGCUGCAGCAGCUGCUGACCGCCAGCGGCCUGGGGUGGCAGCUGGAAUCGCCCGCUGGGGCCAGCAGUGCGCACCGCCAGCGCAGCGGCAAGAAGCGCAAGCACAAGAAAGCGCGGCGCAGCAAGCGCAGCGGGAAGAAGCGCAAGCGCCGCAGCAGCAACAGCAGCAGCAGCAGCAGUGGAAGUGAGGAGGGCGGCAGCAAUGGCAGUAGCUGUGGUGACGAGUUGGACGGCGUCAGCACCGGCCUGAUGGGCCCACACUCAGGCCUGUUUGGAGGCCCUGCCGACAGCGAGCAGGAGCAGUGGCGGUGGUGCCUGAUGCAGCCACAGCGAGGCGACGAUGGAAGCGACGGCGUCCCUGUUGCUGAUGCGCCAGAGGCUGUCAGCAGCCUUGAGCUGGUUGACGGCGUCGCCACGGCGGCAGGCACGGCAUAUGUUGACUGGCUGUUUGCCGCCAGUUAG